AUAAACAAGAGCAAGUAUAUAUACAGCGGUGUGCAGCCUGCUCAAGUUCCUGAAGGCUUGGCUGGCAGCCUCUCCCGGGCUGGCUCCGGGGCAGAGGGGAACCUGCGUGACUCGGCCUCCGAGUUAGCCUCUCCUCUGCUAGUUAGGGGGACGCUUUUCGAGCGUUUUCUUCUAACAUGACCAAAUAGCCUGGAGAAGGUGAACUGCUGUUGUGCGGAGGUGAAGGUGUGACUGUGAACACGGCGAUGGAGAGAGCUGGGGGCCAGACACCUGGGAGCCCUGAGCCGUCCUUCCUGGUGACUCUGGGUGAUCCACAGGUGACCCUGCUGUCUGUUCACAAGCGGUGGUCCUUCAGGAGGAGCCCUAGGGCCACGGGCUCCUCCAGACCAGUGAUUUCGGCGGAGGAACGCUCUCCCCCAUCAGAGAAGGGAGAAUUUUCACAGAAAGUUUUGACUAGAACACAGGAGGUCAGUUCCAAGCAGAUCCUGCCUAAGCUUUCCUGGCCUGUUCGAGCCUGGGAGCCAACGAUGAAGCAGAGUUUUGCCUUUGACAACAGUGGCUACGAGGACGGCCUGGAUGGCGCGCGCCCCUCUCAGACGGCCGCCGGCACCCUCAGCAUCGUGGGCAUGACCUGCCAGUCGUGUGUGAGGUCCAUCGAGGGCAGGCUGUCUAGUUUGACAGGCGUCGUGAGCGUUAAGGUCUCCCUGGAGCAGGGCAGCGCCAUGGUGAGGUACGUGCCCUCGGUCCUGAGCCUGCCUCAGGUUUGCUGUCAGAUUGAGGACAUGGGCUUUCAGGCCACUGUGGCGGAGGGAAAGUCUGCCUCCCGGCCAUCCAGGUUCUCGCCCGCCCUGGAGGCUGUGGUCAAGCUUCGGGUGGAGGGCAUGACGUGCCGGUCCUGCGUCAGCUCCAUAGAAGGCAAGAUCGGGAAACUGCAGGGCGUCCUGAGGGUCCGCGUCUCGCUCAGCAACCAGGAGGCAGUCAUCACUUACCAGCCUUACCUUAUCCAACCCCAAGACCUCAGGGACCGCGUGAACGACAUGGGGUUUGAAGCCGUCAUCAAGAACAAGGUGGCCCCCGUGAGCCUGGGACCUAUUGACAUCAGGCAGCUCCAGCGCACCCACCCAAAGGCCCCUCCGGCUUCCGUUAACCAGAAUGGCAAUAACUCAGAGAGCUCGGGGAGCCGGGGGGUGCCCCUGUAUCUGAGAGUGGAUGGAAUGCACUGCAAGUCUUGUGUCCUGAACAUCGAAGAAAAUAUUGGCCAGCAGCCAGGGGUUCAGAGUAUCCAAGUGUCCCUGGAGAACAGGACUGCCCAAGUCCAGUAUGACCCUUCCCGCAUCUCCCCAGGGACCCUGCAGAGGGCCAUUGAGGCUCUGCCACCUGGGAACUUUAAAGUCUCUCUACCCGCUGGAGCGGAAGGGAGUGGGACGGACACCAGGAGCCCCCAGUCGCCCGGCGUGCCCUGCGCUGCAGUGCUGGCCAUCGCUGGCAUGACCUGCGAGUCCUGCGUCCGGUCCGUCGAGGGCCUGGUGUCCCAGAGGGAGGGAGUGCAGCGUGUCUCGGUGUCUUUGGCUGAAGGGACAGGAACGGUUCUCUACGAUCCAUCUCUAACUCACCCAGCAGAACUCCAAGCUGCGGUGGAGGACAUGGGAUUCGAGGCCUCCGUCCUGGCUGAAAACUGUUCCAGCAACCACGCUGGGAACCACAGUGCUGGGAGCGCCACGGGGCACACGGCAGCUGGUACACCUGUGUCCGUGCAGGACACGACUCCCCAGCCCGGGGGGCUCCCUACAAACCACAACCCCGGCCUCGUGUCCAAGUCCCCUCGGGCCUCCGAAACCGCGGCCCCGCAGAAGUGCUUUCUACAGGUCAGAGGCAUGACCUGCGCGUCCUGUGUGUCCAACAUAGAGAGGAACCUGCAGAAAGAAGCUGGGAUUCUCUCUGUGCUGGUUGCGUUGAUGGCUGGAAAGGCAGAGGUGAAGUAUAACCCGGAAGUUAUCCAGCCCCUGGAGAUAACGCAGCUCAUCCAGGACCUGGGCUUCGAGGCAGAGGUGAUGGAGGACUACGCGGGCUCAGACGGCGACCUCGAGCUGACUAUCACGGGGAUGACCUGCACUUCCUGUGUUCACAACAUAGAGUCCAAACUCACAAGGACAAACGGCAUCACCUACGCCUCUGUGGCUCUCGCCACCAGCAAAGCCCACGUGAAGUUUGAUCCUGAAAUUAUCGGUCCACGGGAUAUUGUCAAAAUUAUCGAGGAAAUCGGCUUUCAUGUCUCCCUGGCCCAGAGGAACCCCAACGCUCAUCACUUGGACCACAAGGUGGAAAUAAAGCAGUGGAAGAAGUCUUUCCUGUGCAGCCUGGUGUUUGGCGUCCCUGUCAUGGGUUUAAUGAUCUAUAUGUUGAUACCCAGCCACGAGCCCCACGAGUCGAUGCCUCUGGACCGCAACAUCAUCCCAGGACUGUCCAUCCUGAACCUCGUCUUCUUUAUCUUGUGUACCUUUGUCCAGUUCCUCGGGGGCUGGUACUUCUACGUUCAGGCCUACAAAUCUCUGAGACACAGGACGGCCAACAUGGACGUGCUCAUCGUGCUGGCCACGAGCAUCGCCUACGUCUACUCCCUCGUCAUCCUGAUGGUGGCCAUCGCCGAGAAGGCGGAGAGGAGCCCCGUAACCUUCUUUGACACCCCCCCCAUGCUCUUCGUGUUCAUCGCCCUGGGGCGGUGGCUGGAACACGUGGCAAAGAGCAAAACUUCAGAAGCCCUCGCCAAACUCAUGUCUCUACAAGCCACGGAAGCCACCGUCGUGACCCUUGGGGAGGACAACUUAAUCAUCAGAGAGGAGCAGGUGCCCAUGGAGCUGGUGCAGCGUGGCGACGUCAUCAAGGUCGUCCCCGGGGGCAAGUUCCCAGUGGACGGGAAAGUCCUGGAAGGCAGCACCAUGGCCGACGAGUCCCUCAUCACAGGAGAGGCCAUGCCCGUCACGAAGAAGCCCGGCAGCACGGUGAUCGCCGGGUCCCUGAACGCCCACGGCUCCGUGCUCAUCACUGCCACCCACGUGGGCAACGACACCACCUUGGCUCAGAUUGUGAAGCUGGUAGAAGAGGCUCAGAUGUCCAAGGCACCCAUUCAGCAGCUGGCUGACCGGUUUAGUGGAUAUUUUGUCCCGUUUAUCAUCAUCACUUCAACUUUGACGUUGGUGGUAUGGAUUGUAAUCGGCUUUAUCGAUUUUGGUGUUGUUCAGAAAUACUUCCCUACGUCCAGCAAGCACAUCUCCCAGGCAGAGGUGGUCCUCCGGUUUGCAUUCCAGACGUCCAUCACGGUGCUGUGCAUCGCCUGCCCCUGCUCUCUGGGCCUGGCCACGCCCACGGCCGUCAUGGUGGGCACGGGGGUGGCCGCCCAGAAUGGCAUCCUCAUCAAGGGAGGCAAGCCUCUGGAGAUGGCCCACAAGAUAAAGACUGUGAUGUUUGACAAAACUGGCACCAUCACCCACGGGGUCCCCAGAGUCAUGCGGGUCCUCCUGCUCGUGGACGUGGCCACGCUGCCCCUCCGGAAGGUGCUCGCCGUAGUGGGGACUGCGGAGGCCAGCAGUGAGCACCCCCUGGGCGUGGCAGUCACCAGAUACUGUAAAGAGGAACUUGGCACAGAGACCUUGGGAUACUGCACGGACUUCCAGGCGGUGCCCGGCUGUGGGAUCGGCUGUAAAGUCAGCAACGUGGAGGGCAUCCUGGCCCAGGAUGAGCGCCCGCGUGGCCAACCGACCGCCCACCUGAACGGGGUCAGCAGCGUCCCCGUGGAAACAGAUGCGGUCCCGCAGACCUUCUCUGUGCUGAUCGGCAACCGAGAGUGGAUGAGGCGCAACGGCUUGACCGUCACCAGCGACAUCAGCGACGCAAUGACCGAUCACGAGACGAAAGGCCAGACGGCCAUCCUGGUGGCCAUCGAUGGUGUGCUCUGUGGCAUGAUCGCCAUCGCAGAUGCGGUCAAGCAGGAGGCCGCCCUGGCCGUGCACACACUGAAGAGCAUGGGCGUGGAUGUGGUUCUGAUCACGGGGGACAACCGCAAGACAGCCAGAGCCAUUGCCACCCAGGUUGGCAUCAACAAAGUCUUUGCGGAGGUGCUGCCUUCUCAUAAGGUGGCCAAGGUCCAGGAGCUCCAGAACGAGGGGAAGAGAGUGGCCAUGGUGGGCGAUGGUGUGAACGACUCCCCGGCCCUGGCCCGGGCCGACGUGGGCAUCGCCAUCGGGACAGGCACGGACGUGGCCAUUGAGGCGGCUGACGUCGUCCUCAUCAGAAAUGACUUGCUCGACGUGGUGGCCAGCAUUCACCUCUCCAAGAGGACCGUCCAGAGGAUACGACUCAAUCUGGUGCUGGCACUGAUCUACAACCUGGUCGGGAUCCCCAUUGCAGCAGGUGUCUUCAUGCCCAUCGGCGUCGUGCUGCAGCCGUGGAUGGGCUCGGCGGCCAUGGCCGCCUCCUCCGUGUCCGUGGUCCUCUCGUCACUGCAGCUCAAGUGCUACAGGAAGCCGGAGCUGGCGUGGUACGAGGCGCAGGCGCAGGGCCGCAUGAAGCCCCUGGCCGAGUCCCAGGUCAGCGUGCACGUCGGCAUGGACGACCGGCGGCGCGACUCCCCCCGGGCCGCGCCCUGGGACCAGGUCCGCUACAUCAGCCAGGUGUCCCUGUCCUCCCUCAAGUCCGACGGGCUCUCCCGGCACAGCGCCGCAGCCGACGACGAGCGGGGAGCAAGUAGCCCCUGCUCCUGAGUGACCGGGACGGGGAGCCGUCCGUCCGAAAGCCGCAGGCGGUUGUGGCCCCCGCCCGGCCCCCCUCCCUGUGUGGCCGAGGCUCCAGCCUGACAGCAGCAACAGCAGGCGGCGGAGCCCCUCGCCAGCCCUGGACGUUCUAGAUCACCCCUCCCUGCGGCUUGUGGACCACGCCGCCGGGGUCCCACGGGCUCGUUGGAGACCUUGCUGGCCUCGGGAAGGGGAGGGACAGCCAGCCCUCCUCGCAUCCUCUGCCGUAGCGUUUGGGAUGACUGCCCGUGAAACGAGGACGAUCUCAUUGGGUCCAGAAACUUAUUAAAUGGGCCUGUCCACAGAACUCAUUAAACCCUCGGGCUCCGGCGCUUUGUGACGACACCCACGUGCACCGCGUGUCCGAGACCACCACUUACCUCAGGUGUCCCCGUCUUUUCUGCUGGCUCCAUCUCUUCCUUUUCUGUCCUCGACCCUGGGGCUGUGGCCCCCCGUCGUCUGAGGGCCGGGCUGAUGUCCUCACGUCCCCGCGGCUGCUCUGCGAGGGGCUCGUGUGCUCCUUCCUGAAGCCCUCGCCCACACGGCCGCCAGAGAGCCGCCACGCUUCUCCCUCCUCGGGGUGAGGAGAGGUCUUCGUUGCUUAUGACCCUCUUCUCCGUGGAGUCCUGGCUUCUCAACGCCGCCGAAUCCAGUGCUGUCGCUGACCGUCACUGCCCAGCUCGAGUGAGGGUCUCAGAGCCCGAGACUUGAGAAAUUCGGCUUCUGGGGGUGGGUCCGGGGGACCCAGGGAGGCACGUGGUGCAGGAACCUGCUUGCUCCGUUCCAGGGGCUUCGGUUACAUGGCCCGCUCUGUGACUGUCACCUCACGUGGUCCAUCGUGGGAGUCAGGUCAGUGCUGCCCCAGUGCCUACAGCACUCCGGGGAAACGGUACCCAAAUAAGAGAGGAAAUCCCAGUCCUCCACAUGCAUUGACUUCCGCACGCAGAGCUGGUGCCUUAGUUAGGGGGUGACCACAGUUUCCCAACAGAACAUCUGUUUCUAACUUUAAGUGGCCUUUGUGGUUGCACAGCAUCGGAGGGGCAGCAGUGGGGCCCGUGGCGGACUCAGAGCUUGGUGGUGAUUGGCAGACCACGUGGGGUAGACUAGUACUAUCAGAAUCUUAGACUAGGCAGUGCGGAGCCUGUUCUAAGUUCCAAGGUGAAGCCCUUAUCACACACAUUUUAGUUAGUUAUUGUCAGUUAUUUUCCAGGGGGAUAUAAGCACUUUUUAUAAGUUACCUCUAAGCCUCCCAACAAGCCAGCAAAGUUAGAUACUUCACAGGCGGGAAACAGGCUCAGAAAAGCUAGGAAUCCCACUCAGGAUCACACAGCCAGUAUACAUGGCAGAACAGGGAUCUGAAUUCAUGUCUGUUGGCUCUGAGGUCUUUUCUCUAACUUGGCCCUACCUUGAAUAUUUCGCUCGAUAAGAAUAAACAAGAAAAAGGCCCUUGCGCUCCCGGAAGAACGAACCUGCCAGGUGAUAUAUUUGCUGACUUGGGGUGAAAUUUGACCGCGAGGUCACGUCAUGUUCCCUUUGGAUGGUUCCUUUCCAUUUGCAUAUAAUUUAGUUUUUGCUGGGUCUUAGCCUCUAAAAUGGAUGUGCAGGGUUUUGUUGUGUUUUUAUGGUUUCCAGUCUUCCCUCCCCUCCCCAGGCCCUUCCUGCUCUGUGUUCCCAAUUGUGUCCUCUCUUUAUUCCUGGCUGUGCUUGGGGAGUGUGUCCUGUUUUCUAACUGGGCUAAUCAUUGUCUAAAGAAUCUAAUUGUAUUGAUUUUUCAAAAAGCUUUUAGGACCAUAAAUGUCAUAUUUAUAGGGACAUGGAAAUAUUUAUAUAAUUGUACAGAAAAUAACCUUUCAGAGAUGUUCAAAGUAUAAGUUUUGGUUUUUUUUUUUUUUGGUCAGAAAAGAAGAAUUCCUAUUUCAAAAACUUUCCCAUGCUAUAUUAGAAUAAAGUUUCUUUUUCUAUUCAUCUAUAAAUUUGCCUUUGGCUGG